AAGGAGAGGUGUGUGAGCAGAUCGUUGAACCGCGGAGCAAACUUUUGGAGUUAUGGUGCGUGUUUGUGCCUAUCCUGGCUGCGGGACGCAGAUGCAAUGGUUCAAUCCUGUGAGUUUCCACAGGCUGCCUUUUCACGACUCACAAAUUUUGAAACAAUGGCUGCUGAUUUUAAAAAUUGAUAUGAACACGCCGGUCGACACAUUGAAGCAGAGAGACUUACGAGUUUGCAGUGCACAUUUUGACCCGGAUGACUUGACCCAGGAAAGACGAUUUGGUGACCUAAAACAACGAAUGCGCUUGAGGAGAAAUGCAAUUCCAAAAGCAGCUCAAUCUGUUGGCGGUCUAGAGGACUCAGAAUUGACUGCAAUCUCACAGUCCACCCUGAAGAAGACCCCACAUAAAGACGGUGUGAAACGGAAUGGUCUGCCCGCUACUCUGAUACUGUCCCUGUCAGGUUCAGAACCGACAACAUUAUCCAGGACAUACCUUGCACGGCCUCCAACAUGGCAGCUGUUAGAGGAUUCAAAAAUGUCAGAAAUGUGUAUCAUCCAAGGUUGCAAUAGAACUGAAGAACUCCUGAGUUUCCCUAAAGACCCAUCAACUCUGCAGCAGUGGAUGGUUCUCCUUGAUGGCAGACUGAAGCAUCCAGUGAAUUCUUCGAGCACAGUGUGCAGCGUCCACUUCACUCCUGACUGCUUCACGAACUGGCAGCAGAAACAGUCCUGUGUGGCUGCCAGCUUAACGCUCAAGGCUGAUGCUCUGCCAUCACUCUUUAUGGAUGUCAACAAUGAGUCCCUGGAGAAACACAGCAUCGAACCUCAGUGUGAUCUCCAGCAAGAAAUGGUGACCGUAGGAACUGGUUCAUCUGAGAGUAUGCCUCUCCAUGCACAAAGCAAAGCCACUCAGACUCCUGCAGUGACACACAUCUCCCUUGGCGAGGGUUUAGACUUCCUGGUGCAACCUGCUAGGAUGUUAACGGUACAGGGAAGUCACUGCUCGGUUCACACUACAGUUUGGACAUCACAAUGCGAACCCAACAGCAACGCUGCCAUCAUACAAGGCAGGAACGGCCUGAUGUCGGAUGUCGUUGUGAAGAUUGCUAGCCUGCUACAGCUGUUCCGGAAGUGCCUCAAAUGCUGCAGUGAUGCCUGCAGCGUCACUACGGAACGCAAGGGGUCCAUUCUCUACGUGGUGCAGCAGUGCUGGAGCUGUGGAAAUAGCAGGGAGUGGACAAGCCAGCAGCCCCUUAACCCAGCAGGCCGUCCAAAGGCAGAAGAGGAGCCUGUAGUGACUUCCUCUGAAGACAUGGCUAUAGACAUGGGGGAGGAGAUUACCUUCAAUAUAGAUGAGGAAGAGGAGGAAAUACAGGAGGAAGAGAGGAUGGAGGAAGAAGAGACCGAUGAAAGUUAUGAGUUGACGGAACAAGAGGUAGAGGAGGAGGAUAUGUCAGAAGAAGAAGAGGAGAAACCGAAGCCAACCAAGAGGAAAAGGAAGGACAGCGAUGAUGAGUGGGCUCCUGAUACUGAAAAAGUCACGGAAGCAUCGGAUGAAGAGUUUGAGGAGGAGGAGGAGGAUGAAGAGGAGGAGCUUAUCCAAGUUGCGUGGUGCUGUGACUGUGGGGAAGAGACCAGUUCCCGCUGCCUCAAGCAGAAACACCCUCAGCUCUACUGCUGUAUUAAGUGCAAUCAGGAGCUGCUCUGCACAGGCGACCAACAAACCCAACGCACAAUCAGCCCAGAGGCCCCUUCUGCUGCAGACCAAGAGAGCUCUUGUGAUGUUAGCCAAGCAGCUGAGCGCGCAUGCAUCCCAGACGCCAACAGCAAUAACAAACAAACUGCUUCCAGGGAUCGUUUUGAGGAUUCAAACAGCAUUAGUAGUAAAGAGGUCAUCACUUCUGCCAGCCAGCAUGCCAUCACCAGUGGCAUCCAGGAGGCCACCAGCGAUGGAGUUAAUGAGUUAGGCAGCAGCUGUAGCGUUAGAGACCAGGGUUCUGUGGGCAGCAGUGACCACGGAGGCACCAGAAAUGAAACGAGAUGGCACCGUCCAAAGUACGCCAUCUACUUCAGUGAUCUAGACAGCCUGCAGAGCCAUGUGGAGCAAUUUCAUGGUUAUCAACGUAAACGUGAGCUUUGUCCAGACUGUGGCAAAUUCAUCAAUACACAUGAAGGCCGGAAACCGCAUGUCUGUGAUCACAAGGUGAAGCUGUUCGUGUGUCUGACUUGUGGAAAGCGCUGCAUCAAUGAGGCAGGCCUCCGUAGACACAGUCGUGUGCACACUGAAGACUAUGUGCUUUCCUGUCAAUACUGCUACAAGAAGUUCAGGUUCCUGAAAGACAAGCAGGAGCACGAGGAGACCCACCAGGGGGAGAGGCUGAAGUACCGCUGCUCCGAGUGCCCCAAACGGUUUGAGGAUUGCUCUAGUCGAAGCUCUCACAGGAGGACCCACUGGGAACAUGGCAGGUUUUUCUGCAAUGUUUGUGACAAGGGCUUCCGCGAUCCCCAUCACCUCAAGAGACACGAGGUGGUACAUACAGGACUAAAGGCCUACAGCUGUGAGGUCUGUGAUAUGUCCUUCAACCAGUUAGGACAUCUUAAGUCCCACAUGCGCCUCCACACAGGGGAGAGACCCUUCAAGUGCCAGGACUGUGGGCAGUGCUUCAACCACAACGUCAGCCUCAAGAACCACAUCCAGCACAAACAUAAGCCAUCCGAGGUGAUGACAGUGAUUGACCAGGAAGAACAGGUGCAGUCGGACUGAACGGGGAAACUCAAAUGAUUAAACUUGGGUCAUUAUCCCUUUGUAA